GAGUUAUCAGACGUUGACAGCACGUAGAAGGUUCAUUCGGUGCUACCGGGUCUUCUGUAGUUGCCUGUCACAGUCCUGAGUUGCAACCAUGGCUCUCUUGAAAUCAAGCAAGAUAAUCUCCACCGUUGGGGCCCAAAAUGCUGUUCUUGGAGUGUUUACUAUUCGUGCAAGCUCAUGGUGGACAGAGGUGAAGAUGGGGCCCCCCGACCCCAUUCUUGGGGUGUCCGAGGCCUUCAAGCGCGACACCAACCCCAAAAAGAUGAAUCUGGGCGUGGGUGCUUACCGUGAUGACAAGGGCAAGCCCUAUGUCCUCAGCUGUGUCCGUAAGGCUGAGGCACAGAUUGCUGCAAAGAAGAUGGAUAAAGAAUACCUGGGCAUCGUUGGCCUGGGCGACUUCAACAAGGCCUGUGCCGAGCUCGCUUUUGGAAGUGACAGUGAGGUCCUCAAGAGUGGCAGGAGCGUCACUGUCCAGACCAUCUCAGGAACAGGGUCCCUGAGGAUCGGUGCUAACUUCCUGUCUCGCUUCCAUACUUCAGUCCGUGAUGUGUACCUGCCCAAGCCCUCGUGGGGAAACCACACACCCAUCUUCAGGGAUGCUGGGAUGGAGCUGAAGGCCUACCGCUACUACGACCCAUCCACCUGCGGGUUUGACUUCAAGGGAGCCCUGGAUGACAUCUCUAAAAUCCCUGAAAAGAGUGUGAUUUUGCUACACGCCUGCGCACACAACCCCACCGGUGUAGACCCCAAGCCUGAGCAGUGGAAGGAGAUGGCUGCAGUGAUGAAGAAAAGGAACCUGCUGGUGUUCUUUGACAUGGCUUACCAGGGCUUUGCCAGUGGAGACAUUGACCGUGAUGCUUGGGCUGUCCGCCACUUCAUUGAGCAGGGUCAUAACGUUGUGCUGUCUCAGUCCUUUGCUAAGAACAUGGGCCUGUAUGGCGAGCGUGUCGGAGGCUUCACCGUGGUGUGCAAGGAUGCUGAGGAGGCGAAACGUGUCGAGUCCCAGCUCAAGAUCCUCAUCAGGCCCAUCUACUCCAACCCCCCCAUGAACGGGGCCCGCAUUGCCGCUACCAUCCUCAACACACCCGAGCUCUACAAGGAAUGGCUUGGGGAGGUCGACGGCAUGGCCAGCCGCAUCAUUAAGAUGAGGGAGCAGCUGGAGGCCAAUCUCAAGAAGGAAGGGUCCUCUCACAACUGGCAGCAUGUCAUCGACCAGAUCGGCAUGUUCUGCUUCACCGGACUCAAACCAGAGCAGGUGGAGCGCCUGACUAAAGAAUUCUCCAUCUACAUGACCAAGGACGGACGCAUCUCCAUGGCCGGAGUGACCUCUGGAAAUGUUGGCUACCUGGCACAGGGCAUCCAUACCGUCACCAAGUGAGGAGGGCCGCGAGGGCCGUAGCUGCCUCAAGGGAGACAGAGGAGGCUGUAGAGUUCGGACAGUAAAGAGAGCGAGAGAGAGAGAGAGAAAAAAAAAAAAUUGAAAAGUCUUUAGAUAUAAUUCAGUUCCGUCUUCCAUCUUUCCUUAGGGGAGACUUUGAAGUAGAUCAAAGUGUAGAUUUCAUUAGAGUUUCAUUUGAUUGGCAUUGUUGUCAUCUGUCAGUGACCUACAGUAGGUUUUAAUAUGGGAUUCUGUUCAAACCUCCAAAGGCUUCUUGUUGACAGUACUUGACAGACUAUUCUAAAGCAGAGGGCUUGCAACGAUUUCUUUGAUUAUGCAUUUCUCAUUGAUUAUACAUUUACAAGCACAAGAGUCAAUAAGCAAAACAUUUAUUCUGACAUGUCUUUGGAGUAGUUAUGAUUAAUUAUGUCGAACAUGUGUUACCAAAAAAAUAUCUACAUUCAGUUACAAAGAAUAUAUUUAAAGUAUUUAUGAAGUGGUUUAUAAAAAAACAAACCAUCAAUUUGGAUUUCAUGGAGCAAUCCAUAAACGCCUCCAAAAUGUACUUAAAUGUGUAUGACCUGAUUAUUACCCUCCCGAUUCUAAAACUGAAUACUGGAGAUAAUUUUGUACCACAGACCUAAGACCAAUAGCAGUGUGCUCUGCCUCUCCCAGCCUCAAACUAUAAAUGGGACAUUGAUGCAAUACCAGUGGAGUCACAACCCCCCUUAAUAACAAGAGGACACAGCACACUGUAUGGACUCACUGAAUGUGAUGACAGAAUGGCCACAGUGUGCGCUUCAAAUCUUUUCUCUUCAAAUGCAUUGUAACUUAUGAGCACUGGCUAUGUGGGGUGGUGUCUGAGGCAGAACACAUCAAGGACUUAAUGAAUCAGAGCAGAGCAAACAUUUUCAUCACUGUGGAAGGACCAUAGUACCCAGCUGUUACAUACAGAUACUUAACACCACAGGUGAAGGCAAGAAUUCACUGCAGAAAUCAGGGUAAUAUCUGUGUAUAAUACUCUGGCCCAGGUCUGAUGUGUUCAAGUUUUCACAUUGUAUGGAAAAAUGGACAUAGCAAGAAUGGGAGGUGGUAUACAUUUCAAUCAGUAUGUUAGAUCAUAAUAGCAUCAUGAUGUCCUUCUUUUCUGUUAUCUGAUUUAAAAAUGUGAACAUUUCUCUCAUCACGUGAUCUGUUAGAGCAACAGUUAGUAUUUGGCUGGGCUAUUUAGUUCAGUGUCACUGCUGUCCAGUGUUGAUUUUGUUUUCUUAUUUUUGCACUAGAUUGGAAGGUGUUGCUUUUGCACUGUUGAUGUGAUGGGACCUGAUGGCACUUACUACUGUAGACUGAGCUUUAAUAUUUUUCCACAACCCGUUUUACUUAAAAUACAAGCAAAUGUAAUCAUAUAACUUAUCCACCGACACAAAAUAUUGGAAAAAAUCUCAAAACUACGGUUCAAUAAAUAUUGCUUGACUCAGAGAAAAGUGUAUAUUGCUACCACCGUUAAAAAAAUCUGUUCAAUGUUUGAAUGAUGUCUGAAGUACUACUGUAACCAUUGAGUAUGAAUAAAAUAUAAGAUUAUAUAUCA